AUUUCACUCACUACUCGUGCUUUUAUUUUUAUUAAAAAACUUAAAUUUAUCAUAUUUUCACUUUUUUCUGCGUAUUUAUAAAUUAAUUUGUCCCAAGUGGAUUACCGGUCGAUUCAAAUUCAUUUGACAGCAGUCACAAUUUUCAGACACAAGAGGCGCUCGUAUAUGUGGCGAGCUUUUUUUUCCAUGUAGUUUCGAUUUUAUGGAUAUAUUUAUAGUAAAAAAUUUUACACGUGUUGUGUUGCAUUGCAGAACAGAGAGAAAUAAAAUAACUUUUUUGAAGAAAUAUGGAAGUAGCACUGAAUCCUGUACGAAUUUUAAAAAAUGAUGCGCAAGAGGAGAAGGGCGAAAUUGCUCGUCUUUCAUCCUUUGUUGGUGCCAUUGCAAUUGGGGACUUAGUCAAGAGCACUCUUGGACCUAAAGGAAUGGAUAAGAUUCUUGUAUCGCAUGGACGAAAUGCCGGUGAGGUUAUGGUAACAAAUGACGGAGCAACAAUUCUCAAGGCUGUCGGCGUAGACAAUCCUGCGGCCAAAAUUCUUGUGGACAUGUCAAAAGUACAAGAUGAUGAGGUUGGAGAUGGUACAACUUCAGUUACAGUGCUAGCUGCAGAAUUACUUCGUGAAGCAGAAAAGAUGGUGGAGUGCAAAUUGCAUCCGCAAACAAUAAUUGCUGGAUGGAGACAAGCAGUCAAUGUAGCUCGUGAUGCUUUAUUAUCUGUGGCUCAGGACAAUUCGAAUAAUGUUGAGAAAUUUCGCAAUGAUCUUAUGAAUAUUGCACGUACAACGCUGAGUUCAAAAAUUCUAUCACAACACAAGGAACAUUUUGCCAAGUUGGCGGUGGAUGCCAUAUUGCGCCUUCGAGGAUCUGGAGAGCUCAACGCUAUUCAAAUUAUAAAAAAGCAAGGCGGAACACUUAAAGACAGUUUCUUGGAAGAGGGCUUCUUGCUAGACAAAAAACCUGGUGUUCAUCAACCCAAACGUGUAGAAAAUGCCAUAAUUUUGAUAGCCAAUACGCCUAUGGAUACGGAUAAAAUUAAAGUGUUUGGAUCGCAGGUGAAAGUGGAUUCGAUGGCAAAGAUUGCUGACUUGGAAAUAACUGAAAAAGAAAAGAUGAAGGAUAAGGUCCAAAAAAUCCUCGCUCAUAAUUGCAAUGUUUUCAUUAACCGGCAGCUUAUUUAUAACUAUCCGGAACAAUUGUUUGCUGAUGCUGGCAUCAUGGCUAUUGAACAUGCUGAUUUUGAUGGGAUUGAACGACUAGCUCUAGUGACAGGUGGUGAAAUAGUUUCUACCUUUGAUCACCCAGAACUAGUGAAAUUUGGCCAUUGCAAGGUUAUUGAGCAGGUAAUGAUCGGAGAAGAUACUCUUCUGCGGUUUAGUGGUGUUAAACUAGGGGAAGCUUGUUCCAUUGUAAUACGUGGAGCAACACAGCAAAUAAUUGACGAGGCUGAUCGUUCCCUUCAUGAUGCCCUAUGUGUUUUGAUGUCUACGGUGCGCGAGUCAAAAACUGUUUACGGUGGGGGUUGCAGUGAAGCCUUGAUGGCAAGUGCAAUUCAAGCUAGAGCAGCGUCAACUCCAGGCAAAGAGGCAAUUGCCAUGGAAGCAUUUGCUAAGGCAUUAAUGCAAUUGCCUACAAUUAUCGCUGAUAAUGCCGGCUACGACUCUGCCCAACUUGUGUCCGAAUUAAAAGCCGCCCAUGUACAAGGGCAUCAUACAAUGGGUCUAGAUAUGGAACGCAACAGCAUUGGAUGUAUGAAAGAGCUAGGUAUUACUGAAUCGUAUGCAGUUAAACGACAAGUACUUGUAUCAGCUGCCGAAGCAGCUGAAAUGAUUCUCAGAGUGGAUAAUAUUAUUAAAUGUGCUCCCAGAAAACGUAUACCGGAUCGCGGUUUCUGCUAAAUUCAAUAUUAAUACUGUUUUUUUUUUCAAAUAUUUUGCAUUUUGUUUAAUAAUUCCAUAGACUUAAAAUACAUUAAAACUCAUUUUUAUUUUAA